AUGGAGGAGGGAAGGAAGACGAUGGUGGAGAGGAUACUGAGCCUUACUAUGGAGUUCAUCUACCUGAUGACGGGAGAGGAAUACACAAUGGUGAAGAAGACAUCUGGAGAUCAUGUGACACUUGGCAGCCAAUCCCGUGUGUCAGGAGAAUGGAGCAGGAACAGGAAAAUCACCAUGGAGCCUCCACCCCACUGCUUGAUACCAGAGAGGAACAAUGACAAGAAGAUUGUGGAGGUCAUCAACAAGAUCACUGAGCUUCUGACAGGAGAGGUUCCUCUCCGGUGUCAGGACAUCGCCGUCUAUUUCUCCAUGGAGGAGUGGGAGUAUAUGGAGGGACACAAGGAUCUCUACAAGGACCCCAUCAUGGAGGACCAGCAGACCUUCCCAUCACCAGAUGUCCCGGUUAAUAGGAACAAUGAAGAACAAAGCGGUGUUCUCUCUCCGAAUGGUGAAAUCAAGGCUGAGGACCUCAUGGCUCGUUCUUCAGAAGGUAGCCCCAUCGCUCCAAAUCUCCAUCAGAGCCUUCCCUGUGAGCAUGCCUCAUCCGAUCCUCCUACACUCCGGGUUUAUGUUCCUGAUCACGGAGCCGCUGCCACCCAUCCUACGCCUCCCACAAUGGGCGAAGGUCUCUCGUCUUCUGGUCUUGGUGGGCGGCUUACUUCGAGAGAAGAAGAAAUGGUCUCUCUUCAGGCCAGUUACGUGGAGGACAAACCAAACUCACGCAACAAAUAUCAGAAACGUUUUUUCUGCAAACCAGAACUUCUCCGACACGACCGGGUCUACAGGGUGGAGAAGUUGUAUUCCUGCUCCAAGUGCGGU